UUUACCGACAUUUAUUAACUGUCAUGGCGAAUUGUGGUGUACGUUGUGCACAUUAAAACAUAAAUAAUGAUUCUUAGAAAUAAUAUACUUGUUAUAUGCGAUAAAAAAUCUCGUGCCUAUUGUAAAAUAUCAUGAUUAAUGUGUAAUAAAUAUAGAUUAGGUGUAAGGUGUUAAAAUGGACAAGAAAAAUGCCAUUCGGAGAGGCAAAAGGCCAUCCAAAGUGCUCGAAGAAAAUUAUUGGGAUUGUAGCGUUUGUACAUACAGAAAUAACGCUGAGGCCUUCAAGUGUUCGAUGUGUGACGUUAGAAAAGGUACAUCUACCCGCAAGCCCCGUCUGAACCCGGCGUUGGUGGCGGCCCAGGCCGCUGGCACAGCCACCAGCUCGCAGAAGAGACCAAGGUCAGCCUCGCUCAAGAAGAAGCGGAGGCCGCCCCGCCUGAACAACGUGGACAGGAGCUCCGCCCAGACCAGGGAGGUGACGGUGAGCGGUGUGACGGUCGUCAUAACGGAAUACAAACCUAAGAAGUCUGUGACUAGCAGUUCCAGUGAUAUGGAGUCCUCAAACGACGCGCGACCUUGAUCUCUUUAUAUAACUAUGUCUGUACGUUAAAAUAAAAACCUAUCACGACCCGUCUAAAUAUCAAUAACUCUGUGGUAUAAUAAAAACAAUGUCUUGUAUGUUUAUUAUAAUAGCUCUGUGGCAUUUUUUAAAAUUCUCGUGUUCUAAAGACGCCAUUUUGGAAAUGCUGUCAAAAGUGACAUAAAACCCACAGAGCUUUGUAUUAAUGGAAGUGGCGGUAAUCAUUUAUAUGUUAUAUGAAGAGUUACAAACGUACAGACAGCAUAGAAAAAUUCACAACUAGCUGUAGUCUUAUAAAUUGUCUAAGUGUAGUCUUACAAUUUUCGGUUCAGUAAUAUUUAUUUGAAUACUAUUAAAGUAAUUUAUAUUUAAUUAGUGCGCGUAUCGAUUGCUUUUGAAUAAUUUAUUCGAUAUUAAAUUUUGUAUUUAUUCUAUUGAUAUGUAAAUUUUAUGUAAUAUUGUCGUUUAAUACCGUGUGUGAUGUACAUAGCUUUUGGACGGGAUGUGCGGACUGUUUGUAUAUAGAUAAUGAAAUCAGUACUGAAUAAAAAACUUAGUAUCAAUGGUAAUAAAAAAAACUGUUCUAUUUUAUAUAUAAGGACUUAUUGGUUUAAAUUUUUUUUGGCAUUAUGUAUUUAUUAAUGCAAAAUUGACGCACAAAAGUAAACAAUAAAUUGGUUUUUUUUUAGUUCACAUGAAGAAUUAAAUUUAUUAUCUGUAUUAAGUUUUUUUUUUUUUUAUUACAACAUCUGUUAUUGUGUUCACAGUGAAGUAAGUAUUUAUUAUUAGUGUAAGUUUAUUAAGAUUUAAGUUAUUUAUAUCACUUUUUUUUUUAAUCUAUUUAGUUAUCUUUAGUCUUUAUUAUCUUGCAUACAUUUUUUUUUAUAAUUCCGUAAUAACUUUUAAUUUAUUUCAUUUUUGUAUUAAUUUGUUUUAGGUACAAUUGUAUAUAAAUCGUGUUUCCCAUACUUAGUUUCUUCAUAUUUUUUUCUCUGUGGUCAUACAACAGGGGCCUUAUAUAUUGUGAAAUGAAUAUAUUUUAGUAUGGACGUAUAUGUUUUUUAUAUACAGCCGAGGUGUGUCCGUGUGUCUGUCCCUCAUAACUCGUGAACGUUAACUGAUUGUAAAAUGUAAAUGUUAUUUACUUGUAAGUUAUUAAUGAUGUACAUAAACAAUAUGGAUUCCA